AUGCUGGUGAAAGUGACUGCAGCAAUGAGGAAAGACUCGAUCAGGUCCAGUCUACUGUAUAAAGAGCAGCUGCACCUCUAUUCCUUCUUAGCCUCUUUACACGACACCAGCAAAGAUGUCCCAGAUGAUCAAUUCCAUCAACCGCAUGCUACGGCCUCUGCGCGGCGCAAAUCUCGAAGUGUUCAAGGCUGGAUGUACUACUUUGGCACGAACCUCGAGAACAGAUUCAGCGUGAAGGACUUCUGGCCGACACAGGAGCAGUCGCAUAAGAUACCGUAUGAGAAGGAGGAGAUCAAGGCUGAGAUUGAGAGGAUGCAGAGGGAGAUGAGACGGAGGAAAGAGAGGGAUACGGCAUUGAUGCAAGCAAGAGAGGCUUUCAAGCAGCCGAAGGAUGAAGCUGCUGUGGAAUCGGUCCCACAGGUCUCGGUACCAGCGAGUUAA